AUGGAACAAUGGGCUAAUAUUUUAGCUACGAUUAUUUGUUCGGGCCUUAGUGCCCUGUUUUCCGGUUUAACCAUCGGAUACACCUCACUCGACUUGUUCCAAUUACAUUUACUAUCGCAAUUCGUACCUGUUACCAAGGAGGAAAUAACUAAACAGAAACGGGCAAGAAGAAUUAUACCCCUCAGAUCUGAUCCCAAUCAUCUGAUGAUAACUCUGAUUGUUUGCAAUUCGAUGAUCAAUUCACUUUUGGUUCUUUUCGUUGGAGAAAUAUUUCAAUUCGCCAUGGGUUUCCUGGUCUCUUCGGCCAUCGUUACGUUCUUUGGAGAAAUAUUCCCUCAGACCGUUUUUUUUCGUCACCAGCUCCUUCUGUGUUCAUUUUUCGCCCCUCUCACCAUCUUUUUAAAGUAUACCUUGUACCCUAUAACGAAGCCCAUAUCUCUUCUUUUGAACCUGAUUGUAGGGAAGACCUCUGAAGUUGUGUACAAUAAGCAGGAAUGGAAGGCCCUGGUCGACUUGCAGAGGGAAUGCGGCGGAGUUCUGAGCGAGGAUGAAGCUAAGCUUUUAAAGGCGUGUCUGAGCCUGAGUGGCAUCAAGGUCGAGUCGGUGAUGACGCCCAUAGAUAAGGUCUUUGGACUCGACAUUGACUCCGUGAUAACUGUUCAGCUGAUUGAGGAGAUAGCCAAGGCAGGCUACUCGAAGAUACCCAUUAUGGACCGCAGUAAACCCCAAUCAAUCGUGUCUGUCGUUUUAGUUAAAGAUUUGUUAUUACUUGACACUGGAAGCAGUUAUCAGCUUGACGACCUUUUAUCAGCAAUAGGAAAACCAACUUUCGCAGUUGACCAUGACUUUGGCAUUUUGACAGUGUUAUCACAUUUUAAACAGGACCCCAAUCACAUCGCAGUCGUAAGAAAGGUGGAGUGCGCAGAUGAACUUGAUCCCACCUACAAACAUGUCGGAAUUGUUACCUUAAACGACAUAUUCCAUAUAAUAAACCAGGAUGAGUCUGGUGAAUUUGUUACCACGACAACUGACUCCGUUGAGAGAUCUCGCCACAGGAGCAGAAUAUUUAAGAUACUGGACAACCUGAAGGAUCCUCGUUCCUUCAACUUAAACUCCAUUCUGGCCAUACAGCCCAUUGAAGACCCCGAAAACGUGCUCAAGAUAGUUGGAGUAUCCUGUACCAAGGAGAACCUUGAGAAAAUGAGAGACCAUCGCACAUACGUUAUUAAACCUCAAAUUUUCCUACCAACGCAAUCUUUGACAGUAAUUACAAAGGGCACUGUCUCUGACGAGGACAAUGAGCAUAAGUUUGAAGCGCCUUUUGUAAUCAACAGGAGAAAGCCUAACCUGGCCCACGAGAAUGAAGUUUUUGUCACCUUGACCGAGUGCCACUUGAUCCAAAUUAAUCCUGACUUGCUGCUUUCAUCCACAAAUGUUCCCAAAUAA